GGUUUUGUUAAAGUGAUGUUAUGACUGUGUUUCUUGUCGCCAUUUUGUCAAUAUCUUCAUUGACGUCUGCUCAGCCUUUUCCAUUUCAUAUGGAUAUCCUUGCAGAUGAAGACGAAGCUGAGCGUAUCUAUAACAUCACAAAUGAAUUCUUUAAUUCCACUCGCCUUGGAGUGUGGGCAUCUAUGGAUAUAAGUCCAGUCACUUUUGUCGUAAACACGAAAAAUGAAACUCCUGGCAUUUAUAGUUUCACUGAGAAAAACAGUUCUUCCUCGUCAUAUAUUGAUAUGAAAAGAAAUCCCUCCGAUCUGUUGUGCAUAUUAGCAAAAAGCAUAGGUGUAGCUUAUAUUCGGACUCGCCCUGGAAGGUCCAGUAUUUGUCGGCCGAGCAUACAGAUAAGACCAACAGUGACCGAAUACAUGGACAUUGCCCAUCAGAUCUACAAGUAUAAUGAUAGUGAAUUCACAUCAGUCGUUUAUAUUACGGACCACAUGUAUGAUUUCGAUCUUAGCAUUUUUCAAAAGAGAUUCAAUUCCACCUUGAAGAUGAUGAUGUUUACAAUUCAUAAUAGCAGUGUGCCAUCUCAAGUAAAGCAGUUUGUCACGGAUGGCAACACAGAUUCUUUCAUCAUGUUUGCAUCUGGUGCCGUUAUAAGGAAUAUGUUACAAAUUCUUUCAAACCUGAAGAAUUUAACAGUGACAAGGACAGAUAACUGGGUGAUGAUACCAUCAGACGAAACAGAAUGUCCGGAUAUUUUGGGUUUGAAUUUCUCAGUCGUGUGUCUUCGACACGAUUUCGUUAAAGAUCCUGAUGUCACCGUCGACUUAAGAUAUGUGGAUGACGCAUUAUUGUGGAGAAGUCUCCAAUUACUUGAGAAAAAUAUCAAAGCUUUAUCCCUCCCUUCGGUACCUACUGAGACGCCAGCUUUGCGGCACCUGGCAUGGCAUGUUUACAAUGCAACUAAAGAAAUUAAAUUGGACGACGAUUUAAUGAGGAUCGAUAAAAUACGAACAAAAGCAAAAAUAGGAACAUGGACUCGGUCUACAGACGUGGUUUUGACUACACAACCUUUCGCCUUCACCCAUGCAUCAUUAUUAACAGUCAUCACUAUCCAUGAGCCACCAUUUGUAGUAAAAGUUGUGAACAAGAGUGGGACUUUCUUUCAAGGCUACACCAUUGAUGUUCUAGAUAAGAUUGCUGAGGAGGUAGGAUUCACGUACCUGAUCCGUGAAGCACGUGACAAUCUGUACGGUCUAGCUCUCCCGGAUGGUUCUUGGACGGGACUCAUAGGAGAGGUCCAAAGAGGG